ACGAUCCAGGCGUACUUAAUGUGCUUUACUUGGUGCUUUUUUUUUCUUUAAGUCGGGAAAUCACCGAAGUUAAUAUAAAUUAAGUACUUGCUCACUCCCAAAGCAAAACAAAUAACAUAUCCCCCAGUGUGCUAGUGCCACGUAAGAAAUAUUGAUCAGCUCAAUUUCACAACCGCAUCAGUUGCUGAAGCAAUUGGAUGAGUUUUAAUCAGCAGUAAGAAAAAGAGUAUACAACAAAUAAAUUUCCUGGAAAGAAAAUCAGAAACGACAAAAAAAAAAACAAUGACAACGAAUCUUGUUACAAAUAUUAUACCGAAGAAGACAAUGGAGCCGCGCCACUACCAGUUGGACCUCCUAAACUAUGUCAUGGAUCGGAACGCGAUAAUAUAUCUUCCUACCGGCGCCGGCAAAACUUACGUGGCGAUAAUGGCAUUGAAGCGUUUUUCGCAUCAAAUGCAAGAAACAAUUGAAAAUGGUGGAAAACGUGCUAUAUUCAUGUGUAAUACUGUCGAGUUAGCACGCCAACAGGCUAUAGAACUUAAACGAUGCACUAAUUUGCAAAUUGGUUUCUAUGUAGGCGAGCGCGAUGUUGACAGUUGGUCGAGAAAAAAAUGGGAUGAAGAAAUCAGUGUAAAUCAAGUUCUAGUAGGGACUGCACAAAUUUUUGUGGAUAUAGUUUCACAAAAUUACAUUAAAAUCACUGAUUUAAGUGUGGUCGUAGUCGACGAAUGCCACCAUGCAACAAGAAACCAUCCGAUGCAUGAGUUCAUGCGUCACUUCCAAGAAGUUGCAGACAAAACUAAAUUACCGCGUGUGAUUGGCUUAACUGGUGUCUUGUUGAAGGGUAACAAACUUGCUAGAAUCCGCGAGGAGCUUGAAUGUUUAGAGUCUACUUUCCGUGGUAAUAUUGUCACAGUUAGUAGUAUGGAAAAAUACCAAAAUGUUAUGCUAUAUUCGACAAAACCAAAAGAACAACUAAUAACUUUCACGAGACAAACCCACGAUUUUCAAUUGCUUAAGCAUAUCGAACGGAUCGUAAAUGAAAGUUUUGAUGUGAUAAAACAAUGGGAUUUAGGGACUAUUUCAGUAAAGCAGACAAAAAAUUUGGCAGGAUAUCGUCAAAAUAAAAAGACAUUCAUAACAAAUCUACUAAAAGAUUUCUUAUAUCAAACAAAUGAGUUCGGCUUAUAUGCAUCAGCUAUAGCAAUUAUGUCACCGAUAAUGGAAUUUGAAAUAAAGAAGCGACAGGCCGAAACAUUGGCUUUACGCAAUCUCUAUCGGUAUACAAUCAGCGUAUGUGAAAAAAUACGUCAUAUGCUUGUAAUGGAGCUAAAAGAAGAGGACUCACUUCCAGAUACUGUUUGUCACACGCUGGAUAUAAUACUAAAUUUUUCUACGCCCAAAAUGCGAACGCUUCUUCUUUUAGCGAAAAAACUAUUUUCUAAUAAAGAUCCGGCCGAUAUUCGUUGCUUGAUAUUUGUGGAACGACGCUACACAGCUAAAUGUGUAUUCUACGUACUGAAAAAGUAUGCUGAACUGGAACCGGCUCUAACGAAAGUGCUACGGCCGCAGUUCAUGGUGGGACGGAAUUCGAUAAUGCCAAGUAUAGAAAGCGUUCUUGAUCAGAAAUGGAACAAAUCGGCCAUCGAAAGCUUCCGCUCCGGUGAGUGUAAUGUGAUUGUCUGUUCGAAUGUACUAGAAGAGGGCAUUGAUGUACAGGCCUGCAAUUACGUCUUCGCUUACGAUCCUUUAAAGACGUUUAAUUCUUAUGUGCAAUCAAAGGGGCGAGCACGUAGUAGUGAAUCUAUUUAUGCCAUAUUCACGCCGGAGGUGGACAAAUUACAAGUGGCAUCACAAAUUAAAAAAUAUCAAGAGGCACACCAAAUCAUACAGAAUUAUUUGAUUGGACGCAUUUUGGAUCGAGAUGAUCCCAAAGAGGAAAAAAUCGCCGAACAAUUUGUGGAUUUAAUUAAACCUUUUACAUUGCCGAGCGGUGCCAUUUUAUUUGCAUCGCGUGCCUUAUCACUGUUAUCUCGUUAUACUCAACUGCUGCCCUCAGAUGCCUUUGGCGUCGCUGUACCAUGGUUCACUAAAACAAGUACUGAGAGAGGAAUAACUGUAGAGCUAACAAUGCCGCUGCAAUCUUCACUGAAGGAGACAAUAAUUAGCGAUACAUAUCCUACUACCAAGGAAGCAAAAAUAUCUGCUGCUUUUAAGGCGUGUAUAAAAUUGUACGAACACGGGGAACUAAAUGACCGACUCUUGCCCGUGACCAAGCGUGAAUGUGUACAGAAGGUAGCGGAAGAACUCUUCGAUCAUUGGAAAAAAUUUAAUGACGAUGUGACCUCAAAAACAGCGGGCAAACAACAGCGGCGCUUGUACAAUCGCAAAUAUCCGGAUGAACUCCAAAAUGCUAUCCCGCAUCUAAAUGAAAUUUGCUAUGCCUACGAGAUUCAUGCGCAUCCCCACUUUGAAAUCAAUGACUACUCUCUACAUAUAAGUACACUAUUGCAGAGCAAUCGUAACUAUGCAAUUUUGUCGCGUAAACGCAUACCACCACUCGCAGAAAUGCCUCUCUUCAUGAAUCAAGGUAAAAUUUCGGUGAAAAUAGCCCCACAACCGCUCACAUUGACCAUAACCAAUGAACAGCAAUUACAAAAAUUAUGUAAAUUCCAUUUGAUGCUCUUCCGUGAUUUGCUCGAGUGUUGGAAAACUUUCUUCGUACUAGAUCAGCGUAACCAAGAGAAUUCAUACCUGAUAGUACCGAUCAAUGCGGGUAAAAUAGACUGGGAGUUGGUAGAAAACUUCCAACGUCUAUUACCACAGCGUAAAUACAGCGUUAGCGAAAGGAAACAAAAGAUUUACAAGCCGGAGGACUAUAUUGGCAAAGUGGUUAACAAAUGGUAUUCGGGCAGAGAAAAUCAGCGUUUUGUGGUAACCAAGGUACUAACCGAUCGUACACCAUUAAGUCCCUUCGACAAUAACGAUUAUUCAAGCUAUGUUGAUUUCAUUGAUUGCAAAUACAAGAACGAAGUGGAUUGCGUUGUGCAACCAAAUCAAUUUAUGCUUGAAGUGCGCGCUCUAACUUCGCGACGUAAUUUCUUCAUAAAUGCUGUUGGCAAAUCAUCAAAUGUGCAUAAAAAUAAUUGUGCCAUACACCUAAUACCUGAGCUUUGUCACAACUUCAUGUAUCCGGGUGAUAUGUGGCUGAAAGCUUUGUUUCUGCCGAGCAUUUUACAUCGGGUGCAUUUCUUGUUGCAUGCAGAAAAUUUGCGAUGUCGUGUUAAUACAUUUCUGGGCAUAGUGGAUAGUGUGGAAUACCAGCCAAAGCAAUUAGCUGUCGAUGGGUCAUUAAAGCGUGCAGUAGAUUUUGACGGUAAUGCCAUGGAAGAGCCAGAUGAACCGAAAAAACUGUUACCGGCUAUGCCUACUAGCUCCAUAGAGGACGAAUUUGAGAUGCUUCAUAUAGAUGAUGUGGCAUGGAAGGAGUAUUUGGAGCCCGAAGACUUUUCUCGGAAGCCUGAGUCGUUAUUCCCCGUUGAAUUAGAUUAUUAUUACAAAUUUAUAAGCGGCUUAGCAAUAGAAUUAGAUGCACUGAAACUAACUGAUGGUGAAUGGUCGUUGUCGCAGUCGCAGUUGAAUAUGCCAAAUCAGAAUGCAGCCAGUUCACCAGUACGCGGAAAGGAUUCGUGUAGUAUUUCGCUAUGUGACGUGCCAUUAGCUGAUAAACGGCGCCUCGAUAUAUUAGAACUAACAUUGAGUGAGCAGACUUUGAAGACCGCUGAGCAAGCAGACUUUUUGGCCGCCAUUACAACGGCCGGCGCAAAUGACGUUUUCGAUAUGGAGCGAUUUGAGUUUUUAGGCGAUUCAUUCCUAAAAUUUUCUAUCUCUCUUUAUUUGGCACAUAAGUACCCAAAAUGGCACGAGGGAUUUCUAACUGAAAUUAAAGGAAAGCUAGUAUCAAAUCGCAAUCUUAUUUAUUGUAUGCUUCAGACCGAUAUACCGGAAUGUAUUUGUGGAUAUUUAUUCAAGCCCCCACAUGAGUGGUUGCCUCCAUUAAUCAGUUUGCCACGCAACCUUUUGGAACUUUUAAAAAAUAAUGAACAAGUAUUGGAAAAUUUAACACCGAGUGAUUUGUAUGGUAUCGAACUGGAUGACGAUGAAAUUCUCAGCGGUUGUUGUUCUGCCAUGCAUCUAACUAAAUUGAACGCUAGUAGCAGGCAAGCACGUAAACUGGCGGAAGAAGAGAGACUUGACAGCGGACUGAAUUUGUUUGCAUACAAGGAGGUGUUGCGCGAUAAAGUCGUUGCCGACACUUUGGAGGCCAUAUUUGGAGUUUGUGUAAAAAAUUACGGUAUUAUUAAUACCUUCCGUAUGUUGGAGUUUUUUGGCAUAUGUAAACCUGAUGCAGACCAAUCCUUUACACGUUUAAUGGACCUGAAAUUAGGCGGUCCUUUGCUACAUACAAAUAUAUCUCCUCGCCAAGUCGAUAGCUACAUUAUCAACUAUCCUAAACUGGAAGAGAAUUUGGGCUAUAAAUUCCGUGAUCGGGCGUACUUACUUCAGGCUUUAACACAUCCGUCCUAUCCGACCAAUCGCAUCACUGGUUGCUAUCAAGAACUCGAAUUUAUUGGAGAUGCCAUACUCGACUUUAUGGUUUCAUGCUAUAUCUUUGAACGCUAUAGUCACAUGGACCCCGGUAUGCUCACCGAUUUGCGAUCGGCACUGGUCAAUAACAUAACUUUGGGUUGCGUCUGUGUGCGUCAUCGCUUCCACUUAUUUUUACUGGCUGAAAAUAGUUCGCUGGCUGAGUCUAUCAAGAAUUUCGACAAAUACCAAGAAAAGCAUAAUUACUAUGUUACCGAUCAAGUGCACAUAUUGUCAGAGGAAAAUAUUAUGACUGAAAAUGAGGUGGAAGGAGCCACUUAUAAUAUAUCGGAUAAUGUUGAUGUGCCUAAAGCGUUAGGUGAUAUUCUGGAAGCACUUAUUGCCGCAGUCUAUCUCGAUAGUCGUGACCUGCGUACAACUUGGCAUGUCAUUUACGGCUUGCUAGAGCAGGAAUUCAACCAGUUCGCCCAGCAAGUGCCCAUCGAUGCAGUGCGACAGUUGAAUGAUCAUAAACAUGCAAAUCCCAAGUACAGCAAACCGAUUUCAGACAAUGAAACAUACAUGGUGAAAUGCCAGUUUACAUGUCUUGACAAAAGUGUUGAAGUAAACGGUUUUGGUUUGAAUGGUAAACAGGCAAAAAAGGCCGCUGCUAAGCAUGCACUACAGAUAUUAACUAAAUAUUCGAGUUAAGUAUUUCUGCUUGUAUUCAAAUGUAAAACUUAAUUUGUGUGUGUUAAAAAGUCAAAUAGUAUAAAUUAGGUAUAGAAAAAGUGGUUUUGAAAGUGGAUAGUGUUUAGCAAGAUACAUUUAAAUCUAUAGCAUUUCGUGAGCAUCUAUCUUGAAGUUAGAAAGUUUUAUUUGAAGAGCCGAAUGGGUUUUUUGCGUGACUGGCUACCAUUCAAUGGCAAUCUUCCGAGCGUAUUUCUGCCAUGAAAAAGUUACUCAUCGAAUACCAUCUGCCUUGGAAAAACAUCACCACUUUUAAGAGCAAGGUGACCACAGCAGAAACAAGAGCCACUUUUGCACAAAAAUUACAUGAGUAUUUAGCUAAUAGCUUUGAUGUUUUUGCUGCUGAUGCUUCGGUUUUGUUCAACUCGGUCGGCUGUGGAGUAGAAUGUCACACAUACUCCAUUUUUGGAGAGUUAUGGGAUUGCUAAAGACAUUAAAUGUUGCUCAUCAGGCGCGCGCGUUCAAAGUUGUUAGCUUGUCGGAGAGCUAAACAGCCUGCAAGCUGUGCAGGCCUUCAAAAGUUUCCAGCAAUCACUGUAUCGCUCUGUUUCACGCGAAGCUCUCGGAGUUUGAAUUCCCGAAUGUUCAUGUGGAGUGGUGACCGGGCCAUUCUGGCAUACCGAUUAAUGGAAAGACAGAACAGAUGGCAAAAAUUGGUAAAUUUGCAGUAACAUUUUCUCCGAAUGGCACAAUGAAUUUCUGUCAUCUGCAACAAAUUUUCACAAAGUCCGCAGCAAAGACCUGGUUCAAAAAUUGUAACUCCGAUGUUACAGAUUUAAAUUCAGAUCGUUCAGGUGGCAUAUACCCACUUAUCUUAGCCAACUUAUUGUAUUCCUAAAUAUAUAUAGCAUUCUAGAGCUUUUAUUUUACUGCCGAAAGGCAAUUUUACCAUUUCAUUUUAUUGAUUUAAAAAUUUUCCACGUGUGAUUCUUUCAUUUAGAACAAGAGAUUUACUGUGAUAUGCAUUUUCAUAUUAAAAUAAGUUCUAAAUUAAAUCAUUUUCGUAUAGCGCCACUUAUUCGAAAUCUGACGUAAUCAAAAAAUUAGCCGGUUAUUUUUCGCGCGUGAAUGAAUUCGUUAAAUAAUACUGGAUUGCACUGUUAUGUGCAUAGUCUGAAAGAAAAUAUAAAUUAUUGCUAAAUAAGUAACUGCGUUGAACAUUUUUAAAUUAAUUCAAUAUUUUCCCAAUGACUGUGGGAGAGUUAGAGACAAUUUUAAUACAAUCACGCAACGACAUUUCAUCCCGCAGCAUAAAUCUGCAAAACGUAGCUACACGAACAAAAAAAAUCAUCUCUCUUCGCCAUCUAUAUUUUAUAAUUACCAAUAUAAUACAAAAAACUAUAAGAUGAUAUAAAAAACGUUUUAAACAAGAUCGAUAUGUAUAUAUCUAUGCUUAUACUUAUAAUCCGCUAAACAAAAUCCACUUUUCAUAUCUCCACUGAGUUUCGAGACGCAUUUUGACCCUUGACUAUUGACUGGUUUUAGUGUGUAAUACACGAGUUUUAAGCUUUUCACUUUUUAAUACAUACAUACCAUACAUUGCCUUAAAUAUAUGAAUACAUUUCUAUUUAAUUAAAUGUGGAUGCAAUAUUUACGUAUAUUUCUGCAGAUUGAUUCCAUUUGCGCUGUAGUAAAUAAGGAAAUAUGUAUGAUGUCAAACAUAAAUAAAAUAAAAUUUCAAUAUUUACAUAA